GAUAAGGUUAAAAAGAUCAUUGAAUAUCCGUUACCAAAAACAACAACGCAAGUACGAGCAUUCUUGGGACUAGCGUCCUAUUACAGGAGGUUCAUCAAGAACUUUGCAGCAAUAGCUAGGCCAUUACACGAUCAAACAAAAACAAAAAAGAUGGUACCGUGGACAUCAAAGACCACAGAAGCAUUCGAAACACUCAAGAAG